AUGCCUAACGAGAGCUCCGGAAGCAGAUUGAAGAACUGGCUAAAACCGAAAAAGUCGCGCCAGACGCUGCGAAAGCGAGGCGGCCCUCCGGCCUCGCUCACCUCCGCUAGUAGCACCACUCUGGCCGCCAGCAUUCAAACAGGCCGAUACUCCUACGAGAAAUUCUACGAGAACAGCAUCCCCGACGUGCCGGCUAUACCCUCCAACCUCGCGCCCCUGCAAGCGCACCGCGAGAAAUACAAACACCUGAAUGCCCGGCUCGACACGCAGCUGGGCGAGAAUCUAGAUUAUACCACCAUCUUGCACUCGCUGAGUCUACAAGAGCACUACGAUUCGGACGAGGCCUGGCAGAAGGAAAACCUGAACCGACCCCCCGGCGAACCAGCCAUUGCGAGCCUGGCUGCAGAGUUAUGGAUAUAUAUUGCGAGCUUCCUCGAUCCGAAGUCAACCGCCUGCCUGGCGCUCGCGAGCAAGACGCUCUAUGCCCGGCUGGCUGCACACCACCCACUGGCCGCGCUCAAUAUGCCUGAGAAUUACGAAUACAAGCUUGAUUUCCUCGCCAUGCUGGAUCGCUUCUUCCCCUACCACCUACUCUGCAUCCCCUGCGCCCAGUACCAUCGCCGAACACAGAUCGGCCAUGAAAAACUACAGCCAACCUCCAAACUGAACCCGCUUUUCAGAUGCCCCAAUGAGCGCAACAACCUGAACCCACCACCACGCCAUAGAAUCGCGCAGGGCCGCACUCUGCCCUUCACCUUCGUGCAACUGGCGACUCGCGCACGCCGGUUCGAGGUCCCCUUCUACGGCGUCACGACAGAGUCACUUGCUCGGCGAUGGAAGAAGGACGACUGGACGUUAUCGACCCGCUACCACAUCCAUGAAGGCAGACUGCUGAUGCGGGUCGUCAGUCAAUGCUUUGCAACACCGGGGCUAACACCCAGCGGGAAACGGCUUUUGUUGUACUCGCGCGAAGACUACUGGCCAUUCUUCUCUGCGUGCCCCCACUGGCGCGACGGCGAAUUGAUGAACGUCUGCAAAUGCGCUCUCGACCAUCUGCCCGUCCCGCGCAACACGGCCGGAUUGCAAGGCAUAGAGCACAAGUUCCGCGACCGGAUACAUGGGCGCAUCUACGAUCCGCACGCGCGGCCGAGCCAGUGUGCGAAUUGCCAGCCACUACGCCGCUGUCCGCGAUGCCCAACCGAGUAUCUGGUGGAAGUCAAACUGGCCGAAGACCAAUCCAACAACCCCAAUGCGAACCUGCUUAACAACACCCUCACCCCAAACAGCAUCAGCACCAUCCACAACGAAUCGCUCAAGAAGCGGCAGGCAGCGCUCAACAGCAAAUUCAGACACGCUAUUGUGGUCACGCGCUGGAGCGACUUGGGCGAUGGGAAGAAUCCAUUCCCACCGCAGACAGCCACCUCGUCCUUGGAAUGGGCUGCCUGCAACGGCGGGACGGAAAACUACGAUUCUUUCAAACACCUCGGCCGACGCGGGAUAUCAGGGAUUUUCGAGUCUGCUUUUACGCAUGACACGAUUCCGGGGAGGAGGAUUGUGUCGAUGAAUCCGGAGAUGAAGACCGGUGGAGAGGAACGGGACGAUUGGUACUAA